AUGAAAUCAGCAUCUUCCCAAACUUCUCUGCUGGAAGACUGUCUGGAAUGUCUCCCCUUGGCCCUCUGGGGGAUGCUGCCCACUCCACAGGGCUCCCUGCAGCUCUGUCUGAUUAUAAAGCUUCUCCCUAAUGGGCAAGAUCUCACACAUGAUAGAGCCAUAAAAUGUGGCACUCCUGGCUGGCCCUGCUGCUUGUCUGAUAAGGGAGAUGGAGGGACUCGCCAGCACAGGCAGAGGGCCCUGGGUCUUACCCCGCCCCCGUGCCUCCUCCCCACCCCAGCUGGUCUCGGCUUCCAGCAUGUUGGAAGGCCUGUUCUGCAGAACACAAAGCCCAUGCUUUGCAAUGAUGAGGAUUCCAUGUUCAAGAAAGGUUGGGAAAUCUCUCCCCUCCUAGGGAUUCAAAACACCCAUGAGCACAGUCAUGGCUGUGAGGAGGCUUCCACUAAAGAAAACCUGCUCGCAUUUCCCCGGGACACAUUGCUGAAGCUUGUCACGGCAGUGAGAGAGACCUGUGGUCUCCUAGGAGGCGUGGAGCAGCCUUCCCACACUCUCUGCACAUACACAUCCUCGGGGGAUCUGGUCCAGGGGCAGAUUCUGACACCCCAGGCCUCAGCUGAGGCUCCAGACGCUGUGUCUCUCACAAGCCCCCGGAGGACAGUGAUGCUGCAGGUCCACAGGCCACAGGGAUCCAGAGUGGCUGCUGAGGAGAAGACAGAGCAUAAAGAGGUUAAACCAUGCCUAUGGUCACCCCUAUCUGGUGAAGCUGAGAUUUGAAGUGGUGUUUGGACCCCAGAGCUGAGCUGAUUAUCACCAUGACAUUCAACCUUCCAGAAUCCUGCAGACCCUCAAUAGGGUGCCCUGCCCUCCUGUCCAUGCCUGGGCCUUCCAGGCCUAGCAGAGUGGUGUAGGACAUUCAGGGAUGGGCCAGGGCAUCCUUGUACGUGGCCCCUCCCUAGGUCACCCCCAAUCCCUGCUCUGGUUGGCUCCACACUUUUACAUGAAGCCCUGCUGCUCCCAGCUGGGGGAUGAUUAGACCAGGGGCUCCUGUUCAGCUUUUCAUGCAGGAAGACUACUGAGCAGGGGCUGGCUGUGGAAGAGGGGAAAGUUGCCACCCUUGUCUAAAAUCGCCGCUGCGGGAUGGAGAGGAAGAUUCCUGCACACCCAGGGAGAGGUUGAGGCUCCAGGGAGAAGGAGGGAGCAGCGCUGCCUGAGCACAUGCC